AUGUCAGGCACAUACAUCACCAAGAAAGUACUUCCCAUUGAUGAUAAGUGCACCAAAGUUGAACAUUCCUCUGGGGAAACUGUGAGAAGCAAUAUCCCCAAAUUGGUGAUUGAUCUGAGAAAGACUGCCAUACUUCUAAGUGGGUGCUGGAGACCUGAAGAUAGAGAAGUGUUCAAGACAAGAUGCCGGGAAGUUUGGGACCCAUGUAUUAGGAAGACCCAAGGUACCGAUCCUUCAGUGGUAAGACACAUCCGACAUGCCUGGAAAUCCCUGUAUACCAACCUCAUACCCGAUGACCAGCAUUUGGCAUGUCAGCUCUUGGUGCAAGGUAAUAAUCUCACAGGCGAUUCUGCCAAGAGAGUUGCCACACAGCUGAUGGAAGAAUUGUACGAUUCAAUUGGUCCCAACAUUCCUACACUCGACCUGCCAGACACGGAUGAGCAGAAACUUACGCUCAAGAAUGAAGAAUACGAUUUCCUCCUCUCUCAAGGCCCGGUGGAAAGCUGUCUGACAGGCAAUCAAUUACGUGAUGUACCUCAGUGCCUGGCUAUUUAUUGGAAGGAUGUUGAUAGGUAA